AUGAAGGCUGUCGUCGCGGCGGUGCUUCUGCUGCUGGCGCUCGUGGUCGCGGCGGUGAACGCAGACCAUGACGGCCACCACCACCACCACCACGGCCACGGCGGCCACAGCUGGCGCGACGGCGCCAACGACGACGGCGGCCACCGGCGGUCCUCUGUGGCCGGGCUGACGCAGUGCGUCACCAUCUGCGGGUCCCGGGUGACCUCCUGCAUGCUGGACUGCUACCAGCCGCUGAUCGACCUGGACCCCGUGGAGCUGCCCGUCUGCCUCCUCAAGUGCACCAACGACGCCAUGAUCUGCGCCUCCGGCUGCCCCGUCACCGGGAACGUCUAG